GAGGGAGGCCGGGAGGAUGUGGAAGCAGAUGAGAAGCUAGUGAAACUGGACUGGUGGUCCUCCUGCAGCAUCGAGGCGAGGGAGGGAGGGAGUGAGUCCAGCAGGAGGAGGCGAAGUAUUGAGCCCAGCACAGGGCAGGGCGGCUGAGGGAGAGUGGAGUGUCUGCUGCAAUAGUGUUAUGUGAAGAUGAGAGCCUUUGACAGGAGGGAGGAUCUUUACAAAUUCUGCCGCUCCUGGUUCUUCUGGUCAGAUUAGGAGUCGGGUGGCAGGCCGCGCGGAGAGAGAGGAGGGGGAGGGCAAAAAAAGCCAGAGAGAGAGGCGAGCCGCGAGCGGAGCAGGACGGGAAGCGAGGGAAAGGUCGCGUUCUAGCAGUACAGACUGGGGAAGGGUGACGAGGAGAGUGAAUGGGGAGGGGAAAAAAACAGAAAAGAAGCCGAGGCGAGGAGAGAAAGAUUUGGAUUUAUAUGCGUUACAGGGCGGGCCGAGGGAAGAGGAGGGAGGAGAGCUGCCGAAGACGAUGAGAGGAAGGAUGAUGCAGAGGGGAUUAUUUAUCUAGGGUCCUUAAAGCACGCAGCGAGCGUGCGGGCGGCGUCGUGCAUGCAGGGCCAGCAUCCCCCGCCGCAGGUGCCCGCCAGCACCCGGGCCCCCUCCCCCCAAGUCGCACCAUCUGUAUCCGUUCCGAACCCGACUCUCACAGCCGUCUCUUCAUGGCCCCCGACCCAAGUGAUCCAUUUACAUCAGGUACUCUAGCACACCGAUACCGGUUGAGUAGGUUCAUAUUCAGUCUGAAGUGAUGUUGCUGCUGGUACAGACCGAGGCAUUAUACAGCACUAUGGUGUUCUGAAGGCUUUUUACCUAACGGAUUGUUGCAGACAGGUGUUGUCUAGGGUUCCCAUGUGUGCAUUUUGAGGAAUAUGGGAUUGAUUAGAUGUGGUUUGGGGGCGUUAGGGCUCCUGGUUUUGAUCUCUUGCGCCGGCGCUAGCACAGUUUCAAAAUCUGAACGACAGUGGCCAACCUAUAGAUACCGAGUCGCCACAGUAUAAGCAAUUGGUUGCUCUACUUCAAUCACAGGCUCUGUCAAGUAAUUUUCAAAAUAUUGGUGGUAGUGGUAGUGGCAGUGGCAUUGGGCCGGGAGGCCCUCUGUCACUGCCGCUCCCACCCAGGGGGUUCCUGGAUGUAGCCCCAGCUCAACAACCUGGGUCGUUACAGCCAUCGACUGAGGCCCAAGCGACCAACCAGGUUCCCAUUGAGCACAGCCAGGCACAGAGUCAGUUGCCAAAUCAAGCGUUUCUGCAGCAUGUUGCGCAUGCUACUCAACGCAAAGCUCAAACUCCCGUCCACAGUCAGCAAGGAAAGCAGCAAUCUUUUUCCUUAGGAGGACAUCAGGACUCCCAGGUCGGCAGUAAUUUGAACACCCAAGAGUCUUUGCAACUCCAACCAGUCAAUCAAAGUCAGGUUUCACUUCAGGGUGUACAUUUGGGUGGACAACGAAUGCGUGCCAACCAGGAGCCUAGGCCUGACGGGACCCCGCCGCAGCCUCUUCUGCAAUCCAACUUGUCAAGGCCUUCGUCAUCACACGGGAAAACCUCACAACGGUCGCAGGGUAGUUUGAGUACCCAGUAUGGAAGUGGGGGAGCAUCUUCUCAAGGGUUACAGACUACAAUGGUCCAAACUCCCCAAGCGCAGUCUCGAAUCGUGGAGAAUUUGUCACAAGCGGCUGUUUCUCAGCUACAGGCUCAUUUGGCAGUCAUUCAAAAAUCGGUAACAAAUGUUUAUCCCCCUCAGCAAUUGUCCCAGCUCUCUCAGCUUGCUGCCCAGAUGAUUCCCUCGGCUAUCCUGCAAGAACGGAACACACCCGUAGCUACCGGUGCCUCAUCAUUUGGAGACUAUUCACAGGGGACGAUAUAUGGUGUUAGCGGGACGUCUGCCUCUUUUGGUAGCACUCCUUCAGCUGCCUCUAAAAGUUAUGGAGACUACCCGACUGGUCCUUUAUUUGGUGUGAGCGGGACUUCAUCAUCUUUUGGGAGCUCUCCAUCGACAGGGUCUAAACCUCUUGGUGACCAUCCGCCGACGACUUUUGGUAUAAGCGGGACGUCAACAUCGUUUGGUACUACGCAAACACCAGGAGCUAGUUUUGGGAGUUUUCAGCCAAUUGGUUCCUCGAUGAUGGACGUGGCCAUAGAUAGGGCAUCCAGCAGUUCGAGCAGGCCGCUAAUGACUUCUGCUAUAUCCACUGUUGCAAAAGUGUCGCCGAAGGGGGAUGCGUUGCAGAGGAAUAGCAGUCAAUCCGGUCCCAGUAGCAUGCAACAAGCCCAACAUCAGCAGAUGAGGCAACAACAACAACAAAUGCAACACCAGCAGCAGUUGCUGCAGCAGCAUCAGAUGCUACAGCAGCAGGUCACACGCCAGAACAUUCAAGGCAGUAAAUCGGAAGGAUUGCUUGUCAGCUCAACUCAGCAAGCAGCUCAGCAGCACCAUCAGCAGCUUCAGCAACAACAGCAUCUGCUUCAACAGCAUCAGCAGCAACAGCUGAUAGCGCAGCAACAACAGCAUCAGCAACAAAAGCACUUACAACAACAACAACAACAACAGCAAUUUCAGCAACAGCAGCAACAGCAGCAAUUACUCCAGCAGCAACAGCAGCAGCAAUUGUUACAAAAUCAGCAGCAACAAUUGUUACAAAAUCAGCAGCAACAAAAGCAGCAACAUCACCAACAGCAGGUGCCACUCAAACAAGUCCAGCAGCAUCAACAGCAAGUUCAGCUCCAGCCCACGAAGCAAAAGUCUUCUAGUCAGCAGCAAUCAUCUACUCAGCAUUAUCAGCAGCAGGAGAGCAUGGGUUUUACUCGACAUCAAUUGUAUGUGCUGAGAUCGCAAAUUCUAGCCUUCCGACGGAUUAAGAAAAACGAGCGCCUUUCGGAAGAGCUACUUCGGGCAAUUUCUCCACAUCCACUCAACUCCCCUGCUGCUUCCGGACAUCAAUCUCGUACCGUUGUCAAUCCACCUACGGCAACUGAUCGAGUUGGUACUGCUCCUCUUGUUCCUUCAGCUACCACGCAAUUAGGAAAGUCACAUGUUGGACCUCAGAAAGAUGAAAACUUGCCGGUUGCAGUAACCCCUGGAAAGUCGUCUUCAGUGGUUAAAGAAGGGGAGGCCUCAUCUAGUCGGGAGAUUAAAAAGGCUUCUAGUCAGUCUCCUGGGGAUGUCAAGUCGGUCUCAGUUGGUGUUCCCGGCAGCAAACAAGAUAAACAGGGCUCGGCAGUAGUCAAAACUGAACCUACUGGGAAGGCGGAAGCAGUUCUGAAAGCAGAAUCCGUUGGAGUGAAAAACGUUCCCAUUAAUGCUAAAAGCGCCCAACCUACGGUAAGCUCCGGGAAUGUGAAGACUAGUGCCUCGAUUUCUGCUCAGAUUGGUCCUGCUGCAGAGAAGGUCACUGUAGGUGUGAAGCGGCACCGAGGUCCCCUCUUCGACUUUCCAUCAGUUGCAAGAAAGUUUGAUGGAGGGUCCAAUAUUCACGCAGCUCCUUGGGGCGAGCCUAGAGGGUUUGAGUACGAUGUGCGAGUAUUACUCUUAGAGGAGGGUGUAAGGGUAGUGGAUAGAAAGCGGAGUGACAAGCUGAAACGCAUCGAGGAUUUGCUUGCCGCUGGAAAUGACUGCAAAGAGUUGCGCCCAGAUCAAGUGCUGAAGUUGCGCAUUGAGCAGCGUAAACUGCGGCUCAUGGAGUUGCAGUCUAGAAUUAGGGAUGAGGUAGAGGAGCAGCAACAGGAGAUCAUGGCUAUGGGAGAGAGGGCGUAUCGUAAGUUUGUCCGUUUGUGUGAGCGGCAGCGGUUAGACUUGACAAGACAGGUUAUGCUGCUACAGAAGAACGUCAGAGAGAAGCAGUUGAAGUCACUGUUUCAAUGGCGAAAGAAGUUGUUAGAAGCGCAGUGGGGUACUCGGGAUGCGAGGAUCUCGCGUAAUCGCGGGGUUGCCAAGUAUCAUGAGAGAAUGCUGAGAGAAUUUUCUAAGAGGAAGGACGAGGAUAGAACGAAAAGGAUGGAAGCGUUGAAGAACAAUGAUGUGGAUGCCUACAGAGAGAUGCUCAUGCAGCAACAAACGCAGAUGCCAGGAGAUGCUGGAGAGAGAUUUGAAGUGCUAUCAUCUUUUCUGACCCAAACUGAGGAGUAUCUUCAAAAGCUGGGAGGGAAGAUUUCUGCAGUAAAGAACCAGCAAGAGCGAGAGGAAGCCGCCUUGUUUGCCGCAGCAGCUGCAAGAGCCCAGGGCCUCUCUGAAGAAGAAGUCGAAGAGGCUGCAGCUCGAGCAGGCGAAGAGGUUUCAAGGAAAGAUUGGGCCUCAGACGAUGAGUCUAUGAAGGGUUCAUCUGUGAAUAGGUACUACAGUCUAGCUCAUGCAGUGAACGAGCAGAUACUGCGGCAACCUUCCAUGCUUCGCGCAGGAACAUUGCGGGAUUACCAGCUUGUGGGUCUGCAAUGGAUGCUAUCACUGUACAAUAACAGGUUGAACGGAAUUUUGGCAGAUGAGAUGGGUUUGGGUAAGACCGUACAGGUCAUGGCUCUCAUCGCAUAUCUAAUGGAAUUCAAGGGGAAUUAUGGACCCCAUCUGAUCAUUGUACCAAAUGCUGUCAUCGUUAACUGGAAGAGUGAGCUCCUACGUUGGCUGCCUUCGGUAUCAUGUAUAUUUUAUGUGGGUGGGAAAGACCAACGUACAAAAAUUUUCACAACGGAGGUUACUGCUAUGAAGUUCAACAUUUUGGUUACAACUUACGAGUUUAUUAUGCGCGAUCGUGCAAAGCUUUCCAAGGUGGAUUGGAAGUACAUGAUAAUUGAUGAGGCUCAGCGCAUGAAGGACAGAGAAUCUCGCCUCGCUAGAGAUUUGGAUCGUUUUCGAUGUGCGCGUCGUCUCCUUUUGACAGGAACACCUUUGCAGAACGAUUUGAACGAGCUCUGGUCAUUGUUAAAUCUGCUGCUACCCGAAGUGUUUGACAGUAGUAAAGCAUUCAAUGACUGGUUUGCCAAACCAUUUCAGAGAGAUGCACCUACUGGUCAGAGUGAUGAGGAUGAUUGGUUAGAAACAGAGAAGAAAGUGAUUGUUAUUCACAGGUUGCAUCAAAUAUUAGAGCCAUUCAUGCUUCGUCGAAGGGUGGAAGACGUUGAAGGAUCGCUGCCCCAAAAGGUCUCUGUCACUCUAAAAUGCAAGAUGUCUGGCUACCAAGCGGCCAUAUAUGACUGGGUAAAAGCAACUGGCACUAUACGACUUGAUCCAUUAGAUGAAGAGUUGAGGGUGGCAGGAAAUAACAACAAACGUCAGGCCCGGGCAUAUGCUCCUUUGCAGAACAAGUGUAUGGAGCUGCGGAAAGUUUGCAAUCACCCUUACUUAAAUUAUCCUCCUCGAGGUCAUAUGCUGAAUGACGACGUAAUACGGUUGUGCGGCAAGUUAUGGAUACUGGACAGAAUACUCGUGAAGUUGCACAGAACUGGUCAUCGUGUUCUUCUGUUUAGCACCAUGACAAGGCUGCUGGACAUUUUGGAAGAGUACCUGAACUGGCGUAGGUUGGCGUAUCGGCGAAUCGACGGAACUACUACUCUGGAUGCGCGAGAAGCCGCCAUAGUAGAGUUCAACAGACCUGGCUCAGAAAUUUUCAUAUUUCUGCUCAGUAUCCGAGCUGCGGGAAGAGGUCUCAAUCUGCAGUCUGCCGACACCGUCGUCAUCUACGAUCCGGAUCCCAAUCCGAAGAACGAAGAGCAGGCUGUAGCAAGAGCACAUCGCAUAGGACAAAAGCGAGAGGUAAGGGUAAUUUACAUGGAAGCUGUAGUAGAAACUCUAUCAAGCUACCAGAAAGAAGAUGAGAUUAGAAGUGGUGGUAGUGUGGACAGUGAUGAUGAAAUGGCUGGCAAAGAUCGUUACAUGGGAUCGGUGGAGAGUCUGGUACGGAACAAUAUCCAGCAACACAAGAUCGACAUGGCUGAUGAAGUUAUCAAUGCUGGGCGUUUCGACCAAAGGACAAGUCAAGAGGAGCGGAGAUUGACACUUGAAGCUCUCCUUCAUGAUGAAGAAAGAUACCAGGAAACAGUGCAUGAUGUUCCAACUCUGCAGGAAGUAAAUCGUAUGAUUGCUCGAACAGACGAAGAAGUUGAGCUUUUUGAUCAAAUGGACGAAGAAGAGGACUGGCCGGGAGAAUUGGUGAAGCACUCGACUGUGGCAAAAUGGCUUCGUGUGGGCUCACAGGAGGUCAAUGCAGCAAUUGCUGCCACUUCCAAACAAGCUAUGAAAGCUGGCAUCGUUGGGGCCAUCGGUACAAGAGAGGAGGAGGAAAGACUACUUGCGAAGGCUGCCAAAGCUAAGGCAUUGCAGAAAUCAUCCAAAAGAAAGGCGGAUGGUGAAACUAGUACAGUCUCUCCUGAAGCCUCGAAGGCAACGAAGAUAUCAAAGAAGAGGAAGGUUGAAGAACCAGAGCCUGUCUCCAUGGUUUCUGUGAUAGGCGGAGGAUCACUAAGAGAAGAGGAAACGGUAUCAGUUGACGAGGAAGAGGAGGAGGGAGAGAUAGCGGAAGGAAUCGACAAUCAUGGUGUUGUAAUAGGGGUUGAGCUGGAAGAAGGGGAGAUGGAAGAGGAGGGUCAGGUUGAAGAGGAUGGGGACGACGGUUCUGACGUUCGUGUCAUAGAUACAGCUGAGGACGAAGUUCUUGAGCUAGAUGAAAGAGGACACCGAGGACAUGCUUCGAAUUCCACAUCUUCUGACGAAGGAGAGGAAUCCGGGAGGCCUACACAUACAGAUACGAACCGUAGGUCUUUGCAUGGAGGGCAAACAAGAAGAUUUGGUUCACUGGCAGCGCUGGAAAGUAGGCCAUCCAGACACGAAGAGAUCGAAGACCUUGAAGAGGGGGAAAUUGUUGGCUCCGGUGGUGAGUCGCCGGAUACCCUCAGAUCUGAAAGCUGGGCUCAAGAGCGUGAAGAUGGAGACGAACAAACUGUACAGCCUCAAAGGAAGCGUAAGCGUAGCAAUCGCCACCGGCGGAUGACGCAUUUUGACGGAGCAAGUGACAGAAGCAAUGAAGGCAUUGUCGGAAUGAAUCCCAUUUUCCCUUAUGGUCCUCCGUUUUCAAGAUUCGAAAUGAGGCAGCCUCCAGGACCGAGAGCUAUGGAGCCAAUGGAAACACCAUUUGAACGAUCUUUCCAAUGGGGGAUAAGUAAUAAUGUGAGACAGAUGAUGCCUCCAAGUUCAAGUGGUAGACCUUAUGAGAACGUGAUUUCUCGACCUCGUAUUGUUUUUAAGCACAACUGGUCGAACGGCUUCCAGGAGCCUGUGGAAGAUGUGAGGAUUUCACACGCGAAUGCACUUGCGCAUCAAAAUGCACUUGCCCAUCAAAAUGCUUUGGCACAUCAAAAUGCGGUCGCACACCAAAACGUCAUGGCUCAUGCCAGUGUGCUGGCGCAUUCGAGCGCCCUUCCGAACUGGAGUUUACCUCGCAUGCCAGAUAACAUGCAAAAGAAGUGCAAGCAAGUGCUCGGCAAAUUGCAAGGUGCUGUGAAUAAGGAGGGUAGGGCAGUUACUGCUCUGUUUAUUGAGCUUCCGAAACGAAGCGAAUGUCCAGAUUAUUAUAAGGUUAUCACAAGACCUAUUGAUGCUCGUACCAUCGAGCACCGGCUUGAUCACUUCGAGUAUCCUGGAGUUCUCGACUUUGCCGCAGAUGUACAAUUAAUGCUCGACAACGUUGCCCGUUACAACUUCACUCCUGAGGUUCAGGCGGAUGCACGAAGAUUGCAAAGUGUUUUUUUUGGGCGGAUGACUGUUCAGUUUCCAGAUGUCGAUUUCAGUCCAGUAAAAACGAAAAAUAUGCCUGUUCCAGCCCAGCCUAGUCCUGCUCCUGCCGUGGCAGCCCGCAAAGUCGAGCACGUGGAGAGUGGAGGGGUGAAGUCUGGAAGUGAGGCACCAACUACUCGGUGGAGUUCUGCUCGACCUCCUCCAAAGCACACUACAGUACCAACUCCGGAGGUUAGUGUGAAGGAAAAGGUCGUCAGUGUAGAAAAGAAGAGUAAGAGGACUGUCAAGGACAAGAGUAAAGAUCCAAAAAAGAAUGGUAAGCUUGCGACAAGUGAGAAUGUAGAGGAGGACAGUAGGGGUGGAAUCUUGCAUCCUGUGGAUCUUGUAAUUCAUAAGAAAAAACGUGGAGGUAGAGAAAGAGUAGCCAGUAAGUUGAACAGUAGGUUAUUCUACGCUAGUCGCAGCCCAGAAGAAAUACGUGAACCCAGUAGGAAUAGUGGGAAUAGUGUAAGUAGCCCUAGGCCCGUCGGAACUAGAAGAAGCCAACCCCUGGACAGGUCGUUGACUGCAAGUCCAGAAGCUGGUGAGAAAGCCGGUAUGCAAGAAAGCAAAGUGGGGAAAAGGACAGCCUUAACUCCUAAACUGAAAAGAUCAUGGGCGGAUGGUAGCAAGCGGCGUCCUGCUCAAACGUGAAUUUUUUGUGUAUAAUUCUACCCAAACCCUUAUUCUUUCAUUCAUAUGAGUUCGGCUUUCUGC